GCAGAUUGAACUUAUUAGCCGCUUUGCUCCCACCUUCCUUUUCCCAUCCCGAUCCAAUUCUUCUAUACCACAUCCCGCACUCUGUUGGUUCUUUCAUAUUGGGAUCUGUUCUUCUACUUUUUUCUUCAUUCUUCUCGUUCUCUCUAUAACCAAUAAAUUAUAUACUCCCCAAAGUAAACAACAGCAUUCCUCCACUUUCAAACAGCAUCCCCGAUACGCUCUGUCAUUCGUCGACCUGUUUUUUUGCUACGGCAUUGGCGGACGCGGGCCCAGCUGCACCAGGUUCUGCAGAGCACCUAUUGUGUCUUGGACUGACCAGACGGAUACCCCGAAGCCAUCAUCGCCACACACACAACCACCCCGUACUGUAACACCCUAGCACCAACAACAUCGCUUAUUUAUUUCGGUCGGUUCUCCAAAGUAAAGAAAAAAGGAGGCCGCAAAACGGGGAAGGAGAGAGGUCGUCAACAGUUUAACCGAGAAACCGUUACAUUCUCGACAACCGUCUAUUCUAUGACGGAUUAGUCUCGGGCCUAUGUCAUCCUAGCUUCAGCCUCCCUUAACUUCAGCUGUCAUUGUCUUGCCUCUGCUCCAUCUUCAGCUAGAGUCAUACCAACUGCCAAGCUCCCCAAUUUCACAACAGCAACCAUGGCCUUUCCUCCUCAAUAUAGAGAGCCUGCUCCGGCUCUCCCGAGCAUUAUAGUCCCUACCUCAGGUGAUCGUUUUCGAAGCCACGCGAGUCAUCACCACGAAUUGCCUUUUAGUGGGAGCCCUGCCAUGUCAAUACCUGGCAUGCCACCAAGAGACGACGUUCCUCCACCACUACCUCCUCCUCGAUAUCCCGGCUUCGAUCAACCUAGUGCUUUGGCUGAAAGUAUGAGGGAGAAGCGGGAAUAUGCUCAUGGCUCGUUGGCAAGCGGUUACGGAAGCAUGAACUCAUCAUAUCAUGAAGAUCGCCCGAGCUACCAGCGAAGAAGCAAUACAGGUGUCUUUGGCGAACGAGAUGAAGGCUAUGCCAGUUACUCAUCUACAGAUAGGUCCCGAGAAUCUGCUCCCAGUGGCUUUGGCCGCCUCCACAACCAUUUCCAAUUCCAGUCCCCUGCCGAUAUACAUGGAGAUACCCUCAAGAAAAAGCUUGACCAAACUCGUCCCUUGGAAAAGUCACCACCUCGAUCACUUCUCAGCUCAUCAGCCAACGAGCUCCUCUCACGAAGACCUUCAGCGGAAGGUCGAUUCCCUCCAGCCCUCAGCGUACCAGUACAAGUACAGCUUCCUAUCCACUCCCGAGGCAUUCUAGGAUCUCCCGCAAGGUUGACCGAUACACCAAUUCACUCCGCCAUCUCUCCACGAAGCACACCCUUCUAUCAUGGUGAUAGAUCACCAAAUGAUAGCUCAGAUAUCGAUCGUUCACCUCGAACACGAACAAAGAGGAAUAACAGCGAUGAUGCUACUUCAACAAAUAGCUAUGACUUCACUGGAGCCGAGGAUAUGGAGAUGGAAGAUGGACAAUCGCUCAAGCGACUACACAUCGAUGAUGCUUAUAUGCCAGGCGGUCAAAAGAGACGGGCGGCCAGUCCCAAUGAUGAGCACAUGCUUGGCAUGCCAGAUAUGUCUCGACGCCGUGACGUGAGCUCGCGCGGAUCUCCUCAAGGUCGAUUCAACUCGCUUUCUCGAGGUGUUACUAUGCCUUCAGUCUCAACUUCACGUUCCAACUCAUACAUCUCCAACAUGUCGAUGUCGAUGCACCCUGCUGGUCUUGCCACUGCCAAUUCGUUCGGUCGACGCUCACCUGUGGGCCCGUCUCCCGGUGGCAUCUCACCUACAUCUUGCAAUUCACCUUACACAGCUCCCGUGUCACUCAACCCUAGCCCUCGAACCUCCAUCUCUGGCCGGGGAUCAAUUCACUCUAGGACCGUUUCGGGUGCUAGCACACGUAAGAUCACUGAGGUGCAGAAGCCUGGCGGAACUAAAGUGCAAGGCUUCUUCAUGUGCGAGUGUUGCCCCAAGAAGCCCAAGAGGUUCGAGACAAUUGAGGAACUCAACGCUCACGAGGCUGAAAAGCAAUACGAGUGUUCGUUCUGCGGCAAUCGUUUCAAGAACAAGAACGAGGCAGAGCGCCACCAGAACUCACUCCACGUGCGCCGUCAUUCAUGGUCAUGCUCAGCUCUCUCCGGAUACGAUAGGGCUUUCCAUGAUUCUACUAACAGGCCUGGCGAAGCUGACACCUGCGGGUACUGCGGUGACGAAUUCCCACGAUCUGGACUCGGCCCUGGUACAGGUGCCUUGAGUGGUGGUAAUGCGCCUCGGCACGCCACGGACCAGGACUGGGAUGAGCGUAUCAGACAUCUGCAGGAAGUGCACAAGUUCCGAGAGUGCAACUCGUCCAAAAAGUUCUUCAGAGCGGACCAUUUCAGACAGCACCUCAAACACAGCCACGCGGGCACCAGUGGAAAGUGGACCAACAUGCUGGAGAAUGCCUGUAUGUUGGAGGAGGACCCAACUCCCCGGUAAAUCGACACAGUACAGUACAGGUUCGGCCGCGGAUGGGCACCAGAAAAGAAAGACCUACAGGUUCGGCCGCCAAAUGACGAGUCAAUUCUAAAGCGCUGGUGGGUGUUGGUGAUUCAAGAUAAGUGGAGGAUCAGUCGGAAGAGGGCGGGGUACAAAAAGGGAGUCGCCGGCGCCCAGAGACAGGAAAUGAGUCAGUGGGUCAGAAUCCAUGGAGCUUCCAUUGGAAGAUCAGCAUCGAAACACUGGCUAAGAAAGCGAUCAGCGUUUUGCAGUCAACGAGCCCGUUGGGAUGUUUGGAAACAACAAGCCGGCGGCAAUUGUACGACGUUCCGCCCGCAACAGACCACCAGUUAUCCAAACAGUAUCUGGAAUGGCAAGGCAUACGACAGACGCGGAGAAAACUCUGUAUCCAUCGCGUGGGCGGAUUGCCGCAUGAUGCAGAUGCGGCAAGUCCAAAACGAAUCAAGUUGCCGCUCCAAUGCAGCCGUUGAUCUCUUCGGUUCAAUUGGGGUAUUCCGCGUGCACCUAACGCGCGUAGGGAUGCGGUUGUCCGCACCCAGUCAUUGGGCUGCCUCUCAGGGCUGAAGCACGAAUGUGGCAGUGCUGUCGGAAGGGAGGGACAACGGCCAAAUCCUACCUUGGCAUGUUCCGUUGCAUGCAUCUACGAAUAUUGCAAUGCAACAGCGUUUUAACGUUUUACCGGCAGCUCCAAGCGACAUCGAAUCACUCUCUGUGUGCAUACAUACUCGCCCUUGUAGUGACCAAUCAACCAUGGCCUUCUGAUACAGGGUUCAGGUGAAGGGAGGCUCAUUGCCCGACAAACCUGAAAUGCACAUGGCGAAAUGAGUUUGACGAUGGAUGAAAAGCAAGCGAUGGCACAAAUGAGAAGAUAGAUGCAGGCCUGGGGCCAUGCGUCUGUGGACGCGCUACUUUCUGACUGGGCUUGAGAUCCCUGCCGACAACCCAGUCACGGAUGAGCUACACGACUGCCGGAGUUGGGUAAUGGAAUGGAGUACAUACAGGAGGAAUUUCAUGGCAGAAAAGCCCAGGCCUUGUCUUUAGAGGUUAGCACUUUAACUAAUGCUCACCAACAAGCGAGCGGAUGUCGGCAAGUGAAAUGGGGAGGACAAAGGCUUCACUUCGUAUACAUAUUAGCUGGCACAGCUUGAUGCUGAUGUCGCAUGCAUCAUCUUAUGGGUCACGGUACAAAAAGGUUCAAUCAUGGUAACGGUUACGGUUCAUUGGCACGGCAUUGGGACACAUGGCAUUGUUAUUGUUUACUAUUUGACAUUUCAGGUUAGGGACAUAUCAGACAGACUCGGUCAUGUAGAUAUAAAGUAGUCUGACAAGAGAAAAAUUGUAGUUCGAAGAUUCUUAAUACCUCAGUUGUCUCUGUAGUGUUCUCUUCUGUUCAACCAGUGCGACGCGAUUCACCAGCCAG